CGGUAAUGUGGCCUGCUGUGAUGAGCUAUGAUGUAUCGGGCACGUAGGCUAAUAUCUUUGAGCCGACGUCAUGGCUUCUAUGGCCUCGCCACACGCCCGUCCCACAACACUUCAUGCUAUAAAAUAAUAAUUGACUAUACCUAAAAGACCGGUUUCAUAUGCCUUGUUAAAAUGGACGAUGACUUCUUUGCUGAGGCCUAUGGUCAUGAAAGCGCUUUUGGUCGCACAAUAAUGGAACAGCAGACAACACUAGACAUUGUAGAUGACUGUCUACAACAGCUGGCUGGAUGCACGGACGCCGUUGAUAAGCGCUGGCGAAUUGGAGUUGCCUCUUUCGGUUUUGACGCGUUUGAGGAUGCGGAAGACGCUAGCGCUAGCUCCGCCGUCAUGUCGGCACGCUCUAUAAUGUCGCAACUCCGGGCGGCCCUUGACCAAAGUUGUACAAGGGCCUCUGACACCAUCCUAAUGGAGCUGGAUGCCAUACAGGGCCACGUGCAAUCCCAUCCGCCCCUGGGCGCUCUGCUGCUGCAGCAGCUCUGCCACGCCCUUGAGGCCAACACCACCGGCAGCAGCAGCACCCCCUGGGCAACCACCGCUCGUACCCUGAAUUUCAGCGGCGGCAGCCCUCGUGCUGCCACCGCCCCUCCUCUUCCCCAGCAUCAGCACCACCACCACCACCACCAGCAACGGUAUCCUCACCACCAGCAGCAGCAGCACCCCUGCAACCACCAGCAACAGUGCCCUUUGCAGCAGCAGCCUUUAGCAAAUGGCCAAAGCAGCGCCAUGGAGGGAGAAGCAGGCGGUGAUGGUGUUUCCAGCUCCGGCGGUGGUGGAAGGGGUCCUGCGGACCUGCUGAUCGCUGCCUCGGUGUUCAGCGCUGCGCCGGGGCGGUACGGCACUGCUGCUCUGCAGGCGGUGGCGGCGGUGGUGAGGAGCAGCAGCCCCCACCAGCUGAGCAGUUGGGCAGGAUGCUACCACGCCCUGGGCCUCACAUUCGUCACGGACUGGCUCACAGAGGCGGCACUCGGCUGGCUGGCGGCACCGCCGCCGCCGCCACCACCACCACCCGGCUUUGCCGCGUAUGCCGCAGUUGACGGCGCAACAGCAGCAGCGGAGGCCGGAGGCUCUCCUCCUUUCCACGACCGUCGUACCACAAUGGGUACGGCAGCGGGAGUGACGACUUGUCGUACAGCCAUGUCCAGGCGGUGCUGCGGUGGGGCGCUGCUGGCAGCGCUGGCGUGGAGCUGUCCUCAGCUUGCGAGCAGGGUGUUGGCGCUUGUGUUUGGCCGGGUGGCAGGGGGCAGCUGUGGAGGGGAGGACCCGCAAGAGGUGGAAGAUGGUGACAGGGGAGGAGGAGGUGGACAAGGGUGCGUCGGCGUAGACGGAAUCCGCAGCAGUAUCAGCAGCGCCAAGGCGGCCCUGUGGGAUGUCUUGGAAGCAAUCACACGGGACGCGGCGCGGGUGCUAGCCAUGGCUGCGAAGCUUCGUAAGCUUGAGCAGCAGGAGCAGCGCCGGCAGCAGAAGCAGCAGCAGCGGCGGUGGCGGAACAUGGGGGGUGGUGGUGGUCAUGGCGCCGGCGGGGGCAGCGGCCGUGGGGUCCCUGUCGGCAGGUAUGAGGACUAUGACGGCGGUGGCGAAUGCUUUCUCAACGAUGAGGAUGGCGGUCAUUGCGACAACAACCAAGACCCACUGGCUAUGGUUUCAGAGCUAUGCGGCGACGCGGAUGCAUUCGGGCGGCUGCUCUGUCAGGCGCUGGAGCUGCUGCCGAUCCUGCAGGAGCACGCGGCUUACGUGGGCUGCAUGCCGGCAGCAGCUGCCGUACGUAUCGUACGGCUUGUGGGCCCCCUGAUGCCGUACAGUGAGCCCCUGGCGGAGGCGCUGCUGCUGGCGGCUGCCAGUCGAGCUGCUGACGCCGCGGCUGCUGCGGAGGCCGCGGCGGAGGUUACUGCUGUGGCGGAAACCAGAGCUGCAGUACAGAGGCCAUCGCCGGGCGGUGAUGCAGCAGCUGCUGCGGGGUGGCAAACGCCGGGGCGCAUUCAGGGUUCGCAAAGGGGCGUAACGGGGUUUGCCAGCGCCCGGUACGGCAGCAGCGGUCCUUCCUUCUCCGCCGCGACCGCCACCUGCGGGGGCCGCGCGGGGGCUCGCACCUGCAGCCGCAUGUCGCUCGCCUCGGCCUCCAUGAUGCUUGCGUCUGAGGGCUCGCCCGCCCCCUCCUCAUGGGCGCUGCUGGACAGCCGGCUGACGCUGACGCCGGGAGCAGGAGCGGGGGGAGCGGAGCGGAUGCGGUUCGGGGGGUGGUCGGCAGGCUUCCAAGAAGACGAUGAUGCUACAGCCAGCUCCUUGCCGCGAUGGGCUGCCGGCGCCGCAUCCGCUUUUGCCGGACCCUCCUCCUCGGCAGGGGCCAUGGCAGCUGCUGCAGCUCUCGGCGCCGGCAGCAGCAGCAGCGCUUCCGUCGUCACAGACCCAGGCGACGCGGAGGUGGGCUUGGAGGCGUUUUGUGCCGUCGUACUGUACUGCAGGCGCCUUCCGGCUGACCUGGCGGCUACCGCUGAGGAACUGCUUGAAAGCCUGCUGCAGCUGGCUUGUGUUGGCUGCGGCGGCGGCUACGGCGGCCCAGCUGGUCACUACCUGCAUGCGGCUGGCUCGGGUUGCGAUCCUGGUAGCAGGCCUGGCAGUGGUGUUGGUAUUGGAUCUGGAUCCAGCAGCGCAGACCUGCAUGACAAUGCGGGUCUUGUUGUCGUACAUGGCGCGUUGUCGUACAUUGGCAGCAAGAUCCUGGCUCGCGUGCAGGCUGCCAUUGCUGUGGCGGCAGAGGUGGAGGAGGCAGCGGGUGAGGGGGGUGGUGAGGAUGAUGACAACAACGACAACGCUGCCGCCGAAGAGGUGGAUGUGCGGGCGUUAUGGUGUUCUAGACUUGCGGAUGCAGUUCGGAGCUGUCUAGCGGCGAGUCGCGAUGAUGAUGCGGGGGCUCUCGGGGACUGCGUGAGGGCUGCGGGUUGCACCGCCGCCGGGUGCACUGCGAGGGCAGCCGCAGCGGGGACAGCGGUAGUGGCGGGAGGUCGACACGGCGGCGAGGACUUUGCGAGGAGGAGCCAUGCAGACGGCACCGGCGGCGAUGCGUGGCAACGACCUCCUGCGCCAUCAUCCCUCGCAAGCUGCCUGCAGUGGAGAUUGGCCGGGAACAAGGGUGGCGGCAGCGGCAGUCCGUGCAAGGGAGUGCAGGGGCCAUGCAAGGCUGCAAGUCUCGGUGCGGCGGCGGCAGUAGUACGGCAGCAGAGGGAUGGCGAUUGUGAGGCCGGCGGCAGCGGCAGCAUGCAUGCAGCGGCUCGGCGAGUCUUGGUGGUGCCGCCGCUGGGCGCAAUGAUACGUUGCUUGAGCCAGACCCUGGUGGCUGCCAGCUUGCGCCGCCGCGACGCACCCAGCCCGCAUCAGCAGCCCUCCGCCAGCGCCCCGCCUACUGCAGCAGCGGCCGGGCUGCGACCCGUGACCCAUGGGUUGUCGCAGCCGUCGCGUUGGGAACUGGACACAACGCUGUUCGAGGACCAAGUUGCCGUACUGGCUGAGCUGUUCGCACAUGCCGUGUUUGAUGAGUACGACCAUCAUCCAUUGCGGUCAUCGCGACCUGAUGGCUCAUGUCGGGGCCCUCUGGAGUUGGCUGCUGCAGCUGGCAUCAGCGCUGAUGCUGCACAGGAUGACGCAGCAGUUGUAGCAGCUACGCCUUCUCGUCUGCCAGCAGGGGCUGUUGCGGGGACUGGGAGAUGCCUUACUGGAGGGUUCUGCAUGGAGGCGGUUGCUGCGCUGCUGCAGCUGCGCAUGCAGGUCCUCGCUGCUCUUACCGAGGCACUCCUGCAGGCCCCAACAGGGCUAGGCAUUGCCAUACUCAGAGCUGCAGCCCCCUUGCUACCGCCAUCGCCGCCGCCACUACAGCAACCCGUUGCCGACCGCGCAGCCGCCGCCGCCGGUACCCCCGUCAACGUCGCCGCUUACCGAUGCGCGGCAUCAGCUGCGACCCCGCUAUCCGUAACGGCUCCCGGUCGCCAAAAUGACGGCGGCGGAGGCGCUGCCGGCGGAGGCGGCAGCGAUUUCUUACACCGUGGUUGCUCUGCGGCGACCUCAUUUGCCGCAGGCUCUGCCAGUGGACGUGGACCUCCCUCCUCCUCCUGCGGGGGAGUGCACAGCAGCAUGGCACCGUCUGCCGUGCAUAAGGCUGCUGCCAGCGUCGUCGUCGUCAGCGAGGCACCGACGCUUCCGGGCGGCGGCGGCAGCAGCAGAUGCACUGGUUCGCUGGCGGCGGCUGGUGCAGCGGCGGCGCCGCCGCCGCCGGUAGUAGGCAUGGCGGCAGCGCAGCCGCCGCUGUGCAGCGGACAUGACGACGCAGCAUUUCCUGGCGGCGGAGGAGGAGGUGGAGGCCUGACCGCGGCACAGAUUGCCGUACGGCAUGCCGUCCAAAUGGCGCACAUGUGCAUUACGGACGGAGCUCAGUUGACUGCAUCUGUGCGCCAGAGGGGCUGCAAGGGGCCACCCUCUGCCGCCGCAGCAGAGCCGGAUAGCCGAUGCACUGGCAUGGCUGUGCCGUCUGGGUUUGAGGAAGGGAUGAAGGAGGGGCGGGAGGAACGGCGCAUAGUGCAUGCUGCUGUGGUGGCGGCCCUUGCAUGCCACAGUGGGCUUCAAAACAUGCUAGACGGACUGCUUCAGCCUUCCCAGCCUCCUUUGUCGUACAUUAAUGGUGCCGCCGGCAAGCCGAGCAGCAGUCAUGAAGUCAACCGUGCCGCCGGGACUGGCGGCAUGACUGGAGUGGCGGCGGGGCCUGCUGAGGUAGCAGUCAAUGGCGGCGGCGCCAGGGCAGACGUAGCGGUGGCACCCCUCGGCGGCGUUGGCGGCGUUACGGUAGCGGUGCCGCCAGGAGGCGGUUUGGCGGCUUGGACGGCAACCCCAGCAACAGUGGCGGCGGUGAUGGAGGCGGACAAUACGACGCCGGCGGCGCCGGAAAGCGCCUGUCGUACUCGUCGUACAAGUGGAGCCAGUGGAGGCAGCGGUGCUACUGCCGUCAACGGGUUUUAUGUGUUGCGUCGUUCCGCGGCUGGAGUUGCGGGUGGGGCUGGCGCCGCUGCGGUGCCUGCAGCAGCUGCUAACAGCGCACGAGGAGCGGCGGCGGCGGCGCCAAUCAUUGCCAACACGCCCCGUCCGACGUUGCGCCCGCCCGCCUGCACCGCUGCAGCAGCAGCAGCAGCUGCUGCUGCCAUGCCACCCCCACCGCCGCCUGCGACAUCACUCUUCCAUGCUCGUUCCGAGUGCCGUACACCCGCACCACAGCCCUCCUUCGGCCUAGGCUCGCGGCAACCCGGUUCCAGACACGAGGUAACGCCCACGCCCUCUGGUGUCACUCCUCGCUCGCAUCGGCAGCCGCUGCCGCCGCCUGCAGCAUCACAGCUGCCGCCCUUGCCGACGGCGGCGCCGACAGAGCCGCCGCCACGCCCCCGAGCACCCCGCUUAGAUACCUGGCCGGUUUCCCUGGAAGCCUGUGCGCUACUCGUACGGGAACUGCUGACGCCGCUAGCGCUACCGACACCACCGCUACCGCCGUUGACGGCUGUAGCGACAGCGACCGUCGAGCCGCCGCCGCAGCUGCCGCUGGCGGUACAAGUUCAGCGUUGGCAGUUGCUGGCGUACGGCAUAAGCUUGUCGUACGUGCCGCUUGCCGGUGCACGGCGGAAGGCGGAAGAGGAGUGCGCUUUGAAAGCUGCUUUGGAGGAGGCAGCUAGGGUGCAUGGAGGCGGUUGUGAGGCUGGUUGUUCCGGGGGCAGUAACGACCACACAGGCGGCAGCAACAUGCCACUGCGGGUGCUGUCCCGGUGGCUUCAUGCGUUGGGGAUGGCGGCUGUGGAUGUGAUCUUGGCUUGCCGGGAGGCCCGCCGGAAAGCCCAAGACCUUGCUGCCGAGGAGCAUCCGCCCCUCCAAAAGCCCGCAGCAGCUGCAGUGACUGCUACAGCUACUGCUACUCCGCGUCAGACGGCAGCGGCCGCAGUGGCGCCUCCUCCUCAGCCGGCGGCGGCGGCAGCUCGAUCCUCGGUGCGCUCAGCGACGGUUCACGGCCAUUCGGUCAACAGUGCGUGCCACGCCGCUCCUCCGCAACACCAGAGGGCUCCCGAAUCCAUCUCCUCAUGCCCCCAUGAACCGUGCCACCAGCAGCACCAGCACCAACAACAUCGGCGCUCACAAUUGGACGCCAAUCCAACAGCUGUCGCUGAGGGCCCCGAGGGUGCGCAGGCUGCUGGUGGCGGAGGUGGUGCUGGUGGUGGUGGCGGCGACCUGGGCACUGGAAGUGCAGCAAGAGCAGCAGCGGUGCGCAAGGCCGCUGAUGCGCCCAAGCCCAUGUCACGGGCGGCGCGCCAGCUUGCGGAGCUGGCUGCCAGCCUCUCCAUGUUCACGGAUGCCCUGCCAGCCGAACGCGACACCACCCGCAAACGGCGCCAAUCAACUAUGCAUGCAGCCCCGGACCGGCAGCAACCAAAGGCCGCGGCUGCUGCGACUCCGAAGCCGCAGCAACCUAGUAAGCCCCAACCGCCCCAACCGCCCUCGUCAUCAUCACAACAUCACCCGUCACAAGCGGCUCGGCCGCCGCUGGCGCCCAAGCAUACGUCGCAAGAACUACACCCUGCUUCGCCGGUGGCUGCUAGCAAACCACAGCAGCAGCAGCGACAGUGCUGGCAGCAGGGGACUGAGAGCAGCGAGGUGGCUGCUACUGCUACUGCAGUCGCCUCGGACCUCCAACCAAGACCUCUAUCACCGUCUGUCCUAGGAACCACUGCUACUCCUACUGUUGCGGCGCGGUGCGUUACGGCGGCGGAUAGCUCGGGGUUCCAGCCCUCGCUAGUUCCCGCGCCCGCGGCUGCCGCAGGGGUUGGCUCCCCAGGCAGGGUAGGCGCGGCUGGCAACAACGACGAGGGCAAAAGGCAGGGGCGCAUGGAUGGGGCAGAAGGCGAUGGUCGACGCAACCAAGCACGGCCACCGCAGCCUCAGCUGCAGCGGGAUCACAACGCCCAUGAGACCCUACCCCCGGGUGCCAUGCAAGCAGCGGAGCAGCAGCUGCAGCGGUUGGAGCUCGAGGCAGCGAUUGCGGAGGCGAGUACGGCAGCGCUGAGGCUGCUGGUGUACGUCAUUCGUACUGCUUUCGUACACCUGCCGCUGCGUGACUCGUCUGAACUACAUCACGCUUCCGUUGGUCGAAGCGGCGCCGCUGUUCAGCCUCAAGGACACAACAACAACAACAACAGCAGCGGCGGCAGAAGCGGCGGCUGUAGCAGCCCUAACCUCACCACCGCGAGUUCAGUGAUUGUGCAGCCAUGGAACCAAACGGCGCCACAGCAGCCACUUGACGACCGGCGGAUUGAAAGCCGCAGCGGCGGCGGAGCCGUUGCUCCAACCCCCGCUGCUGCUGUUACUGCAACCGCGCUCCUGGAUGGGCUGAUAGGCGCUCUUUACCCGACGGAGGAUCGCUGUACGGCAGCGCAUUGGGGCUUCCGUACGUCGUACAGCUGCGCCGGAUCCCCCACUUGGAGAGCCCUACAGCGCGCCGCGACGGAGCAUCCGCUGACAGCGGCGCAGCUCUGUGUCGUACACGAGGUCUCACAACUGCUACAGAUCUCACAACCGCCCCAACCGGCGGCGGGGAAGGGUACGGCCGAGGUACGGCGGGAAGAGGUAGCGGCGCUCGUGGCGCUGGCGGCGGCGCUUGCAAGAGGUUGCCGUACAAUGGUGGCGGCGUUGGCUCCUAACGAUGGGCAAUGGUUCAUUCUUGAGGCAGUUGCUGAGGCGAGCAAGAAAAUGCUUCUGACGCAAGGCCCCUCAUCUGCCGUUACCACCGCCGGCUCUCCAACCAGACAACGCGGACUGCAACGAGGAGCGGGCCCCUCUGGCAGCAGCAACAACGUCAGCGGCGGCGUGGGAGCUGCUGCGGCAGCGCGGUGUCAGCUGUUGGGCGGCUCGGCUGUGUGCGGUCUGGCGGAGCUCGCAUGCCUGGGCGGGGAGCCUCAGGACGUCGCUGCGUUUGCAGCCCAGCUGCUGUCUAAGACCGCUAACGCGCCCGGCCGGCCAUCCCACGAGGGUGGAAAUGCUGCUGCGCAAGGCAACACCUCUGGCAGCCCCAGUGGCAGUAGCGGCCGCUCACGUCGGCGACCUCGCAUUUGUCCGUACAUGCUGAAGUACGGCGCAGCGGCUGACACAACCGCAGCCGCAACCACCUCCGCUACACUGGUGGCGGCAGCAUCAGCAUCAGCGCCGUACUCAUCUGUCGUACAGCGGCCUCCUGCCUGGGUGGCAGAGUGUCGUACGACAGAUAUGGCCCGUGUCAUGCUGACGAUGGCAGAUGCCGUACGGACGGUGCUGUCGGAGGCGGUCAAGGAGACGGCGGCGGCGUCGGAGGCGGCGGCUGCGGGGCGAGAGGUUGAGGAGCUCUCUAUUGAGGACCUUCCGGACGCCUUCGCCACCGCCCUCUCCUGCUGCGCCCGCGCAGCUGCCUUGCUGCUGUCCCAGCGCUACUCCUCCUCCUCCUCCUCCAGGAGCAAGACCGCUGCUGGCGCCACUGCUGCUGGUGCUGCUGGCCCUCACGCCGCUGCUGCCUGCCCGGUACUGUGUAGGGGCCAGCCUGUCAGCGGAUGUGGGUCGGACCAGCAGCGGCCGCCGCCGCAGCAGGAGGGUGACGGUGGUGUUGAUGACGAGCGGCAGCGGCAGGAGCUGCUGGUGCGAGUGGCCCGGCAUGUGAUGACCGUGCUGCAGUGUUCCAAGGCGAGUGCGGCGCUGCUGUGGCACCGCACCCGAGGAGCCGGCCUCCUGCCACGCGCCCCCCACAGCCAACAUGAUGGCAGCAGCAGCAACCCCGCUGCCGCCGGUGUUACGGCUGGCGGCGGCCGCCGGGGUGGCGGCGGAGGCGGUGGCUCCAGUCGGGGUCGCGGUGGCGGCGGUUCGAGGGCGCAGCGUGAGGAGUUGGAGUCCGCUGCUGCGGUGGCGGGUGGUGGCAGCUGGGAGCUGUGUGCGGUGGUGGUGCUGGGCAGGUACCACCGGGCGGAGGUGGAUGCGCUGAUAGAGCAGUUGGGCUCCUCCCGCAGCGCCCGGCUGCUUCGCUACAGCCGCGCCCUGUGCCGCGAAGCAGCCGCAUGGCAGGCGGCCUACAUCCGCCUCUACCACGCACUGGACGCCAUGACCAGUCCUGGAGCCACGGCUGCUACUGCUACUACCGCUGGAGGCCCGCUGAGCCCUGGUAGCACAAGCAGCCCCAAACCCCGACCUGUCGCGCGAGCGCUGUCGCGGUUGAUGCGUCGCGCCGUUGAGCGGGUGUACGGCAAGCAACUCAGCGGAGCCGGCGGUGGCGGUGGCGGUGGCGUUGCCUGUGGCGGGGCUGCGGGUGCUGGUGGUGCUGGGGGCUGGGGAGGCGGCGCUGCGUCCGCGUUGAUGUCACCACCGUCACCCUCGCCGUCUUGCUCACCUAGCAUGGCCUGCGGAGGCGCUACUACUACCGCUGCUGCUGCUCCUAAUCCUGCCACAGCUGCAGGUGCCGAGGGGGCUGCUGCUGCCACGGCGCGGCAUGCACUUGGAGGCGACAGUGGUGGUGCUGCUAGCCAGCAGCAGGGCUGGCAGCAGCAGCAGCCGUCGCAGUGGCAGUCGCCGCAGGUGGUGGUCACUCCACGCAACAGGCCAACCCCGGCGGGUGCACCAGGGGUGACUCCAUCACAGCAGCAGCAACAGCCUUGGCAGCUGCAUUCACAACAGCAGCAGCAGCCCUGGCAGCAGCAGCAGCAGCCGCAUUGGACCGCCGCCGCAGCAGCAGCAGGGGGCUGCGGCGGCUCUCGACAGCAGUGGGUGGCGGGUGGCGGCUCACCGUCGGCGGCGGCAGCACCGGCGUCGCAGCUGUUACCGACCGGUGGUGACGUGGCGGCGGAUGGAGAUGAGAUCCCGGAUGAACCGCUGUACUUGCUGCUUGGACACCUGGACGAUGAGUCAGAUGAGGAAGAGGAGGAGGAUCGCGAUAAUGACCCGGACACAUCAACUGACAGCGACAAGCAAGACAAUGACCAUCAUCAUCAUGGAGACAACAACGGCAAGCAACCUGCAGUUGAUGUGGUGUACGCCACGUCGGGCGAGGAAGAGGAGGAGGAGGAAAAGGAGGAGGAGGAAGAAUGGGAGGGGCGGCGAGUACGACAUGACAUCCGUGAAGCGGCUGACGUGGCGUUUGCCGUACGAGGAAAAGCGCGGCGAGCCCAGCAGCAGCAUCAGGUGCAGCUGCCACAGCAGCAAAUAGAGGAGCAGCGGCAUCGGCGGCGGUCCACAGCCCACGAUGAGCGACUAGAGCAACCGCAGCAGCAGCACGAAGUAGCUGCGAACGCCGGCAACAGGAAGCAACAACGCAACCAGCAGCAGCAGCAGGGUCGACACCAGCAACCCUCACAAGCGGCGCCAUCAGUGCCAAUUCCGCCACAGCAGCAGCAGCAGCAGCGACAGCAAGGAUCCCAGACGCUGCGGUCGGAACCGCCGCCGUCGCAGCUGCAAACGGGUGAGUCUGCACCCUCGCUUGCACGCUUGGCUGCCGCUCUGGGCAUGCGGGCGACAACGGCAGCAGCAGCAGCGGCGGCGGCGGCUCAAACAACAGCGGCUGCUGCAGCUGCGCCUGCCGGCGGCAGCAACAGCCGCCCUCGACGUGUCAUCCGUCCGGUGCCCGUCCAAGUCCCCCCGCAACAGCAGCAGCAGCUAGGCACCACACCCCCUGCUGCCCCUGCUGGUGCUCACGGCCGUACAACUGCGGCUGCCGUAGCAUCUUCCGCCCUGACGCGGAGAAUGUUGGCGGCGCCGACAGAGCCCCCGUACGGCAAUUCUGCGGCGGCAGCAGCAGCUCCUGCGGUUCCGGAGGCGGCGGUAAGGGGAGGAGGAGGCCACAUUAGGCGCACCGCAGACCCGGCGCCUUUGGUUGGCCAUGCUAACGAUAGCGCUGACGGCGGCGGUGGCGGCGGUAGGGGCAUGACGAACCCGGCUGCUGCAAGCCGGAAGCGCAAGGCUGCAUGGGAGCCUCCUCCUCCUGCUGCUGGCACUGGCUCCCGACAGCGCGGGAGGAAAGCCCAACAGGGCCAACCCAGCGACGCCCCCCUUGCUCCUCCGCCCGCCGAGCAUGUCGACGCUGCACCCCAAGGCGACGAGGCGGGUGCGGAUGCGGGCGGGUCGCAGGGGCCUCGUAAGCCACAGCAGCCAAGGCGGCGGCGGAAGCAGCAGCAGCAGCAGCGGCAGCCCAAGAAUGCUUACGUGGCGGCAUGCCUGCAGGAGACGUAUGGCAGGGACUCGGGUUCCGACGACGACUGGUCCGACCUCGAGGACUUCAUCGUGUGUCAGCCGGAGCGAGACUACUCGGCGCUCUUCCACAAAAAGUACGGCUACGCUGCACAGGAUGACUCGGAAGAGGAGGAGGAGGGGGCAGCGGCGUGAUGGGGCUUUCUGUGGCUGGUUGGUUGAGUUGGUUGUUUCGUUGUGUCUUAUGGUGGAAAUGUACUGCUGGGGGUUUGGGCUGGGAUAGGGAGCUUAUCGUUUGGAGGUGGAGAAAGGAAUGGGAUGGGAUGGGUUGGAGGUUCAUAGCACGGGCGGUAGGUUACACGUGGCGUGGGUUAACACGCCAAGCAUUAGGUAGUUGACGUAUCAAGUACAGAAACUCAUGACGACGUGGUUGUUAACAAAUACACAUCUAGGCUCAGACAACAGUUUAACUAGCUAUGUUGUUCUUAGGCUGCUGCAUGGACUGUGCGGUUGACCCGAGGAAUGUAGACCAGACGCCAUUUUGAUAACAUCGCUGUGCACGCUUUGUGCCUCGUUAGGGCCACUGUCAGUUUCCGAAAGGGGGACUUGCAGGUCCCGUUAGCCGCGGGGCAGAGUUUCGAGCCUAUUGACUUCUCCAGCAUAUCAUUUGGACGUGUCGUACAGCUUCGACUCUCUUGCUGGACCUUUCAACCUCUUCACGUGCAUUGUCGUAGCAACAGGCGGAGGAAAUGGCGCUUCAGUCUUACAGAUAGGCACCCAUGAUGUUAGGUGUUUAGGUAUUGUUGAUACGUAGUAGCCAAUUUACGAGGAGUACGGCACAUCUUGAUGCAAGUGGAGUCCUGGCUUACGCUAGUUGUGAAGGCAGACGUUGUUGGCGUCUGAUCUUGGUCUUCGCUAUUGGUGAUCUGACUUCCUAUUUUUCCUGGUCAACCCCUGUUGCAUUCUGGCUGAAGAUGCUUGUAACCGCCUCUCUUG